AUCUCUAAUCGGGGCGCGGGAAAAUUCUUAAAACCCUAGCUCUCCGCUAAUUCUCCAAAAAGAGAAGAACCAAAAUCAAAAUCAAAAUCAAAAUUAAGAUGGAAUCGAACGCUUUGAUGUGGUUUCGAAAGGGAUUGAGGAUCCACGAUAACCCCGCGCUCGAUCACGCGUGCAGAGGAUCGAAGCGUUUGUUCCCCGUUUUCGUUCUCGAUCCGCGGUAUUUGGACCCGGAUCCGUCUGCGUUCUCGCCCGGAUCCGCUUUCGCUGGACUGAAUCGGAUCCAGUUCUUGCUCGAGAGCCUCGCCGAUCUCGAUUCCAGCCUCAAGAAGCUCGGAUCGCGGCUUCUUGUUCUUAAAGGGGAUCCUGUUCAUGUAUUGUGUCGGAUCUUGAAGGAUUGGGACAUUGGGAAGCUUUGCUUUGAAUUUGAUACUGAGCCAUAUUCACUAGCCCGUGAUAACAAAGUGAAGGAUUUUGCUUCUGCAUGUGGAAUCAAGGUGUUUUCUCCAAGAUUAGCGCACAACACUUUUCAGUCCUGCUGAAACAUAGAGAAGAAUAGGGGAAAGCCACCUUUGACUUAUCAAUCAUUUGUGGCGCUUGCUGGGGAGCCACCAACUCCACUUACCCAUACAUAUUCUGUGCUUCCUCCAAUUGGUGACCUUAGGGGAUAUGAAGUAUUAAAUAUUCCAACAAUUCAAGAACUUGGGUACGGAGAUGUAAAGCAGGAAAAAUUUUCCCCCUUUCGAGGAGGUGAAUCGGAAGCUCUGGAAAGAUUGAAGAAAUCCAUUGACGACAAGGAGUGGGUAGCUAAUUUUGAGAAACCAAAAGGCGAUCCUUCUGCAUUUCUGAAGCCAGCAACUACCAUAUUGUCACCAUAUUUAAAAUUUGGAUGUCUUUCUUCAAGGUACUUCUAUCACUGCCUUAUUGAAGUUUAUAGGACCAGCAAGAAGCACACAUCUCCACCGGUUUCACUUGUUGGGCAGUUAUUAUGGCGGGAGUUUUUCUACACUGCAGCCUUUGGAACUCCUAAUUUUGAUAAGAUGAGGGGAAACAAAAUCUGCAAACAGAUUCCUUGGAGAGAUGAUGAAGAACUAUUUGCAGCUUGGCGAGAGGGCAGGACUGGUUAUCCUUGGAUUGAUGCCAUCAUGAUCCAGGUUCUUCUAGUUGGGUGUUUUUUGACACGUGGUGAUCUGUUUCUUCACUGGGAGAAGGGGCGUGAUGUCUUUGAGAGGCUAUUGAUUGACUCAGACUGGGCCAUAAAUAAUGGUAAUUGGUUGUGGCUCUCAUGUUCUUCCUUCUUUUACCAGUAUCAUCGUAUCUAUUCCCCCAUCUCUUUUGGUAGAAAGUAUGAUCCUACUGGAAAGUACAUUCGACAUUUUCUCCCAGUGUUGAAAAACAUGCCGAAUGAGUACAUAUACGAGCCUUGGACUGCCCCACUAAGCAUUCAGAAAAAAGCAAACUGCAUAAUUGGGAUAGACUACCCAAGACCAGUGGUCGAUCAUAGUUCAGCUAGCAAGGAAUGCAGGAGGCUGAUGGGGGUGGCCUACGGAUCGAAACCUUCUGCUGAAGAGAAUUUGAAUAUCUCGAGAAGAAAGCCCGAGGGAGAUGAUCAAAAGGAACAUCAACAAAAUGCUUCAAAGCAAAGGAGAAAGCUAAUUUAAGUAAUCAAUCAUACAACUUCAGCCAUUGUACGACAUCAACCAUAUUCACCGCCUGCUUAGAUUAUGUAGGGACUGUUUUUUUUUUAUAUUAUCAUCAAAAUUGUUGAAAGUAGAGAAAAUACAACUCUUUUGUAUGUCACACGCUGUUAUAUAGCUUUUGUUACUGGAUGUAUUUGUAAACCAUUUAUAAAUUGUUACCGGAUGUGUUUGUAAACCAUUUAUAAACUGUUAGUAAAAGUUUAGAGUGCAUCUUCUUCAUUAUUGUUAA